AAUCAGAAACACACUGUAAUAUAGCUGAUGUCAACCUGGGGCCUCAUAGACUUCUUAUCUUGGCGAUCAAUGCCGGAAUAUGCAUUUGCUACUACUUGAAUAGUUGGAGAUGCGAGAAUCGCAUGUUCCAUGCGCUGAGGUGUGCUUCAAGCAGGAACGAACCUGACGCCUUGCCGUUGCUUCGGCAGCUGAAUAUGUGCCAACCACCCGAUUCUCGUUCUACCACCUUACUCUCACUCUAUCGAACGAAAUCGUUGCCGCGGAUGGCUUGCCUUAGUCCAGGAUACGACCUCAGAAUCGCCAGUCUCUAACCUGCGUUCACUGGCAUGGCCGGCCCAUGGAAUGCUGACCACUGUUCCCUUUGAUCAGUACAGCUCGAGCCAAGAAUCUGCCGAUUUUCGAAUGAAUUUUUUCUCGAUGUCCAUGACAGAGUUUCCUGAAGUCGAUCUGGAAAAACGGCCUGAGGCUGCAGACCGUGGCGAACAGAUAUAUAUAUAUAUAUAUAUAGAUAUUGGCCCUCGACGUUCAAGUGACGAUACCCCAAAUCCAACCAGUUGGAAACAACCACACCCACGGUUAUGCUUCAUCUCCGCAGGCCCCAUCGAGCUCCAAGUGCUGACCGAGUCGACUCCGUCACCCUUCCCCGUCUGUCGACAAUUCCUCGGCCGUUGGGAUAAAUCGGGGAUUGUACAUCACGAACGUCAUGUCCACGUCGAGACUAUCCCGUUUGUUGUCCCUGAAGACCUUAUCCUUUUCACAUGCCCAGCUCAACUCCUCUUGCGCCACAGGCUACCACCAUGCUGGCAACGUCAGCAACCCCUCUAUCCUUGGCCAUCUAGCUGGGACACUUGUCCUCCAACGAUUCACCAGCUGUUACCCUGCACAUCCUCGGAUAUCAUCACUUCCAUUAUCGAAUCUCCGUCCCGACAUGCAUACACUAUAUCUGUUCGAGCAUGUAUGACAUAUUCUUUCUUCAUGACGAUUUAUCAUGGGCGAGACACAUGCUUCGCUUCUUGUUUCGUGACUCUGCUGUAAUGGUAUCUGAACAAGAUGACAACUCUAUAUCACCUCUUUUUCUCCAUCGCUCGCCCGGUGUCUAGUUUUGGAAAUGACUCUUUUUGUGUUCGUCUUGACUAUUGUGGAACGACCUGACCUUCAAAGAACCAUCGACCUCUCCGCUCCAUUGAGUGGUCUGAUGACCUCCAUACUUUCGUACCAUGUCACACAA